UCUGGGGGUGUGAUAACUUUCCUUUGUGCGUGUGCUGAAGGAGAGCAGGUAAGUGAGUCAGUGAGGUGACAGGUGAGGUGUGGGCGUGUCCUUGCACAGGUAGCUCUUAGAGCAGCGGGGGGGAGGAGGUCGGGUCAUUUGUGCCGCUGACGGGAACCUGCAGUGAUGUUUGUCUUCCAGGCGAUCUGUGUGACGGCGCUGCUGGCGAUGCUGACACAAGUAUCUGAGUCGCAGCUAUCCGUCUGUGGGAAGCCAAGACUUAACACCAGGAUUGUUGGAGGACAGUCGGCGCCUGAUGGCAGCUGGCCCUGGCAGGUCAGUCUGCACCGGAUAAGCUCAGGCGGCUCCUCAUCCCACUUCUGUGGAGGAUCUCUGAUUACUGACGAGUGGGUGCUGACGGCUGCGCACUGCAUGGCCAGGUGAGCGGA